AUGGUCACCAACAUCGAGGUCCGGCUCCUGCUGUUUAAGGACGUCGCGAGCUUCAUCCAACCACAGCCCACCGUCGAGGAGGAGCGCAUGGCGACCUGGCGCCGCUUGAUGGGCAUCACCUCGGAGUUAUACCAGGAAUCCAUCGACCAACAGCUGCGUUUGCCCCGCACGGGCCUUGUCGGUAGCUACUUCAACGGCCGAGUCGCGGUCAUGUAA